AGAGAUAAGGACUGACGCGUAUAUAAGCUGAAGCGAUGUAUGGUCUCUUGGGUUAGUCCGGGAGUGAAAGUGAUAGUGUUUGAACUUAAAGUGAAAAUCGUCAACAAAAUGGCAGUGAGGAUUAUCCUUUUCACUGCGAUCUUGGCAAUCUGUCACCAACUGGUUGUCUGUGAUGCUGGAAUGUGGGACAUUAUUCAGCAGGGUGGUAACGCCAUUAAUACUGGUGGCAAUGCAAUGUCCAAUAUGGCUGGAGAUGUUCUCAACUACAUUCCAAAUCCCAAAGACAUUGCUCGUAUGAGCAAGGAAACGUUCCUUGGACUACCUCCACGUGUCCUUAUGGAAGGCGUCAAUGCUUUCUGCUCGAUGGCCAUGCAGUACGACAUGAACUUAGGUCGUACCUCAAAAUACAUGCCAAACAUUCAGAACAUGAGCUUCGUCCUCUAUGAUAACGAUAGAAGAGUGGCCUUCGGCAUGGAUGAACUAGAUAGAUUGACGCAGUAUCCUGGAUUCAAUAAGGGCAACAAGAUUGUUAUCUUCAUCACUGGUUGGCUAACAAGAGAAAACACAGAAAAUGCCGCCGCUCGUGAAAUGGCUAAGGCCUACAAGUGCCGUGGCAACCACACGUUCAUCCACCUCGAUACGGAUAAUUAUCUCAACAACUUCUACAUGUGGUCAGCUCUCAACACCGAAGAUAUUGGAGAGGCAGUUGCUCCUUACAUUGCUAAGUUGUUGAACUAUGUCAGCAUUGAGAAUUUCCAUAUUAUCGGGCAUAGUCUUGGAGCCCAUGUGGCUGGAUCUAUUGGACGACACUUCAUCGAGGUGAAAAAGAAGCCUCUGCCCCGUAUUACUGGACUUGAUCCCGCCCGUCCUUGCUUCAACGAGGGUGAGGCUAUGACUAACCUUCAACGCGGUGAUGCCAAAUUUGUCGACAUCAUCCACACAAACAAUGGAGGCUUGGGCAAGAGAGAUCCAAUCGGUGAUGCUGACUUUUAUCCAAAUGGCAUGUCAGUCCUUAUGCCUGGAUGUGCUGGUAUCGUCUGCUCACACUUAAGGGCCUACGAAUACUUUGCCGAAAGUGUCUACCCAGAAAAUGAUAACGGAUUCCAAGCCAUCCGUUGCAACUCCCUCAGGGGUGUUACUACCAGAAGGUGCAAGAGCAAUUUCGUCCCUAUGGGUUAUGCCUGUCCUAAUACAGCUAAGGGUAACUACUUCCUUGAAGUCAAUCCCAAUGGAUUGUACGGUUACCAUUCAAAGAGCAAAACCAAAUGCAACCAGUAAAUACUGAAGCUCAAUACAAAAAGUGAGUGAAUAUUCAAUGUUGAUGUAAAAUUUUUAUUCUAUACAUGAAUUAUAAAUAAAAAAUAAUCAGAAGGUU